GUGUGUUUGUGUAUAUAUUUCAUAAAAAAAUUGUAUUUUAAAAACAAACCCUCAUUAAAGUAAACAAAAAAAAAAAAAAAAAACAAUUACAUAAGCAAUAUAGUGUUAAAAUAAUUAUAAAAUAAUUAGACUUGUGUUUGUUAAUAUUUCACCAAUUAUUGUUAAUAAAUAAUUUAUUUAUAUGAUAAUUGUCGACGUGUAAAAUGGCGUGGUUCGGUGAUGGACUUUCUAGCCUUUCAAAUUUAAAAGGACAAAUAACAAAUUUUACAAAAGAGGUUUUAUCUGACAGUAUAAAUGACGAACAAGGUGUCAUUAGAGAGACAAGUCAAAAUAAUCCAAUGGAUUUACAAGAAUUACUUAUGUCCCGAGAUGCUGAGAUUGCAUUGUUACGUCGACAAAAUUGUGAACUUCAAAAAGCUGUUGUUGAAUUUAAUUCACCUACAAAUAAUGACAAAGCUGAAAAAGAUGAUGAAAAUGAAGGUGGAUUUUUUUGGGAUCCACCAAGGGUUAAUAAUUACGAAAAAAUUAAAAAUAAAAAUGCUGAUGAUGGAUCCAUUCAAGCCACCAUAAAAAUGGAUCAAUUGACAAACAUUGAAUCGGUGACAAGUCCAGACCAGAAUGACGAGUUCAUGGACAAUAACCAUAAGUCUGAACUUAGACGUGUCAAACAAGAUAUGCUUGAGUGUAUAAAUAAAAUGGAAAGCAGUGGUGGUGAUGGAAAUAGCUCAGAUAAAAAAAUUGAUGAAUCAAUAUUUAUCAAUGAUUUACGUGUAGCUUUGUCAAAGCUAAAAUCACCAGAGAAAUUAAAAUUAUUACAGUCUGUACUGUCGACACUUGAGAAAGAAUACAACUGUCCAGAAAAAUCAAAUGGAAUGAAAGAAAAUGAAAAAUAUUUAGUGGAUAGGAUAAAACAACUUGAAGAAGAAAAGGAAAAUUUAACAGCUGGAAUUGAAGAACUUGAUAGACAACAUAAUGAAUCAAUUGAAAAUAUAUUAUCAUUAAAGAAUGAGCUUCAAAAAAAGCAUCAAUCAUUACAGGUGGCAUAUGAAAAAUUAUAUGUUGAUUUUAAUAAAUCCCAAGAGCAGCUAGAAUUGUUAGAAUCAAGUAAAAAUAAAUUCACUGAUAUUAAAUUAACAGAUGAAAUAAUACAAACUGAUAGAAAUAAUGAUGAAACAAUGGACAAUAUAAAGCUACGUGUUAAUGAAAUUAUAAAAAAUAUUUCUAUUGAAAAGCCAGAUGAUAAUGAAACAAUAUUCGAAAUGAUUGCUAAAAAAUUAGUUGAUACUGAAUGGAAAAAAGAAAUGCUUGAACGUGAAUUUAAUGAAACAAAUCGUGAGCUAAGAGAUGCAUGUGAAUUUCGUGAUUCAUUACAAGUUGAUUGUUGUGAUCUUCAAGGACAAAUUGAAUCACUUGAGCAUGAAUUACAAUCAAUGAAAUUAAAUUUACCAUCAAUACCAGAAGGUAAUGAAGAAAUUGAAACAAUGUCAAGUGAAUUAAAACGUUUACAGCUUGAAAAUGAUGAAUUAUUAAAAAUUAAAAUAACGAAUAACAAUGAAAUAAAUGAUCUUAAAAAACAACUUGAAUUAUUACAACAAAAAUCAUCAACAACAUCAAGUAAUGUCGAAACAAUAAAUAAAUAUGAAAAAAAUGAAAUUGAAAUAAAUGAUAAUAUUAAAACUUAUGAAGAUAAAAUUUUAAAACUUGAAAAUACAAUUUCAAUACUUGAUGAUAAAUGUAAAAAUUAUGAAGCUAAUAAUAUUGCCUAUGAUAAAGCUAAAAAUGACAUUGAAAAAUAUAAAAAUGAUUUAAUAUUAUCAAUGGAAAAUACACUUGUGUUGGAGAAUAAAAUAAAAGAGUUAGAAAAUAUAAAAAAAAAUAUUGAUAAUGGUUUAUCAUCAUUGUCAUUGGACAAAAUGAAUGAUGAACAAUUAGAUGAUGCAUUGGAUUCACAAGUUGAUGAUACUAGCCAAAAUGAUAAAAAAUUAUUAAAAUAUCUUCAAUCACAAUUGGAAGCAGCUAAUACAGAACGUGAUGAUUUGGAAUAUGAUUUAUUGAACAUGAGAAAAGAGCUUGAUGUUGCAUUAAAAGAAAUCUCUAAAUAUGAAACUGACUGUACACUUAUUCGUCAAGUUAAUGAACAAUUAACACAUAAAAAUGACGAGAUAUUACAACAGUUGAGUGCAAUUAAUCUUGACAGUUCACAGCGUAUUGAUGAUCUUCAAUUACAAAUUGAUAAUUUACAACAAGAACAUACAUUUCUACAAGAAGAAAGAGAAGCUGAAAAAGUUGAACUCAUAGAAAUUCGUUCAAAGUGUUAUCAGCUUGGUGCAAAGUGUCUUGAAAAAGAUGAAGAAUUACAUAAAUUACAAGAAAAAUACAACUGUCUUGAAAAUGAUUAUUUAUUAAUUAAAAAAAAAUCAGAAUCAGAUGAUGAAAAAAUUAAAUAUCUAGAAAAUGAAUUAUCAUCAAUGAAAAUAAAUAACAAUGAAGAUAAUAAGCAAUUAAUUGAUGAGCUAAAUGAAUUAAAAAAAAAACAUGAAGAAUCAGAAUUAAUGGCUAAAGAAACAAUUGAAAAAAUUUCGAAAUUAAUAAAUGAAAAAGAAGAAUAUAUUGAAAGUAAAAAAGGUGAAUAUGAAAGCCUAAUUGAACAAUUAAAUAUUGAAAAAAAUGAACUUGUUCGUCUUGUACAAGUUAAACACAAUGAAAGUUUACAGUAUCAUGCUGAGAUACAAAGAUUAACUCAAUUAUUUACUGAACAAACAACAAAAUAUGAUAAAUUAAUUGCUGAAAAUAAAGUAAAUAUUGAUUUAAUUAAAGAAAAAGAAACUCAAGUGUUAUGGGCACAAAAUGAAUUGCAAGUUGUUCGUAAACGUUUGACAAAUUUUGAGGAAAAAAAUAAUUAUGGUGAAACAUGUAAUGUACCAGAGCAUACAAUUAAAUUAUCACAAGUUAAUACAUUGAAUGAAAAAUGUAAUGCAUUAGAAGCAGCACUUGUACAAGAACAAUCGAAUAAUAGAUUAUUACAAAAUCAAUUGAAUGAUUGUCAAUUGAAAGAGACAAAUGCUGAAAAAGAAUUAGAAAGAUUGAGAACACAUUUAGUGGAAAUGGAAGCAAGUUAUACUGAGGAGGCACUUAUUAUUGAUCAAUCUAAACAAGAACUAGAAGCUAGAUUAUUACAAGCUGAAGAAAAAGUACAAAAUAGCUCAAAUGUUUAUACAUCAGCUAGUAUACGUGCAAAUCAACAGGUUGAAACUUUGCAACAACAAAUGACACUUAUUGUACAACAAAGAGAUGAAAUACAAGCUAAAUUAUCAGCAGCUGAUGAUAAAGUUGCAUCACAAACUGCAUCACUUACUAAUUUACAAAUUGUUCUUGAACAAUUUCAACGUGAUAAAGAAACUGAUAUACGAAAUGCAACUGAAAAAAUUCGCCAACAAUUAAAUUCAUCAUUUAAAAAACAAGAAGAAUUAACUGCUGAAAUUUCUUCAUUAAAGACACAACUUGCUGAGGCUAAAGAAUGCCUUCAAGCUGCAUCAAGACUGAGUGAACAGCUUGAAAAAAAAAGCGAAAGAAUUGAAGAAUUAAAACGAGAAGUUGAUAAUUUGAAUGAAUUUGUUAAUACUGCUGAUGAAAAAAUUCAAGAAGCUAAAAAAUGUGGUGAUGGAAAAGUUGACAAAAAUCUUGUUAAAAAUUUAUUACUUGGUUUAAUAUCAUCAUCAGCAUCUGAUAAAUCAUCAGUACUACGUGUAUUUAGUACAGUAUUAGAAUUUAAUGAUAAUGAAAAAGAAAAAGCUGGUUUAAAUCAUCCAACAAAUCAAGGUGGUUGGUUUUCAAAUUUACUUGGUGGUGCUAAUAAUUCAACAAAAGAUCAAGAGGCUUCAUUAUCAGCAGCAUUUGUUAGAUUUUUAGAGAGUGAAUCAAAACCAAUGAGAACAAUGCCAGCAUUACAAUUAACAAAUACACAAUUAUCAACACCUGGACAUAGUAGAAAACACUCAACAUCAUCACAAUCUGGUUUACUUUUAUCAAAUGUAACUCUUCCAUCAUUUCCUGAUUUUGUACCAUCAAGAAAUGAAGGCUCAAUACUAAAAGAAGUUUUAAAGGACAAUUGAUAUUAACAUUUUUUAAUUAUAUAUUAUAGCAAUUUAUUUUUUAAAUAAAUAUUAAUGUAUGAAAUACUAAUAAUAAUGCUUUAUAAUAAUUGUAUAAAUUAUCAAAGUGAUUUUUACUAAUUACUAUUGGAUUUAAAUUUUACAUUUAAAUCUAUUCAACAAUUUUUUUUAUUACAAUUUAUUCCAACAUUAGCAAAUUUAUAUUUUAAUUGUCAAGAUGACUUAAUAAUAUCAAUGUAAUUUAUGAUUUCCAUAUCAAAUUUAAUUUAAUUUUUAAAAUUUUAAAUAAUGCCAGCUUAAAGAAAUAAUAAUUCAAUAAUUGUUUUAAUUUUAUUUAAUAUUAUUUUGUUUUAAUUUAAAGAAAAAACAUUGUAUUAUUUAUUAUCAAAAAAAUAAAUUGCCACUUGAUUUAUAUUAAUAAAUAAACAAUUUAAUAUUUAUACUACUUGUUCAAAUCUCAAGGAACUUUUAUUGCUUCGUCUUGAAUAAUUAACUAUUCAUUUGCCAUGUAAAAAUUCAACUUUACCAAUGACAACAGUUAAA